AAACGACCACGACCGCGUCGCGCCGGAAAAUAAUGUCCAACGAUACGACGUGCUGUGCAGUUUUCUCUCCGUCGUGUUGAUUGAUUUCCCUGCCCUGCGGUUUUCCACCACCCACAGAUGCGCGCUCACACACGCCCUGCGGACGUGCUGCAUACAUAUGUACUACAACAACAGAGCUGCAGCCCAAUCGCAUCGCGUCUGAUUGAAUCGCAGUCAAGUGUUUUGUUUUUUAGCCGUUCUACGUGGAGCGAAUAGUAUAUUCAAAUCCUAAUUCCACUCGCGGAGCGAAAGUGAAUGUCGGCGAACACACAAUAAAAUUAUGUAAAGACAAUAGCAACAAAUAGCAAUUCUCUGCCUUUUUGUGUGCGAUGCGCUUAUCAGAGUGUCUGCCCAUUUAAUGGAAGCUGCGCCGGCAAAAUGUGCUGCCUGCCGCAACCCGUGCUAGACCUCCUUCACUCACAGCAGCAGCAGCAGCAGCAGCAAGAGAAACGCGACAGGCAACGACAGCGGCACAUCAAGCCGAAACUUAAAAUAGCCGGAGCCCCUUGUUGAGCGCCACUCAAAUUGCCAGGCCCGCAAAUAAACUUCAGACACUAUAGGCAAUAUCGACUGCAAUAGAAUUAGGAACUGCUAAGAUUAUAAUGAAAAAAACCUAAUAGACUAAUAUGUGCUGAAAUAAUUGGACUACUCGCCAUGCAAAAGGACAUCUAGAGGAGGAAAUUCAACAUAACUGGCGUGACAACACUCAAAUACUGGACAGGCUAUAAGGAAAACCAUCAUACUGGAGGCCUCACUCACUUUAAAGCGCAUUUUUGCUCGCAAAAUUGGCUACAACACGAAAUCCAAGUCAAUUUUAGCGGCCAUGCGCACGAAACACUUGAUCCUGAUACUGAUCGGGGUGAUAUUCGCAACGAUAGUGUUCAUCGCCGUUGGCCCAGCCGGGGAGCCGAACGAUUCAUUCAAGAACAUCGUCGUCCAGACGCACCAGCAGCUGAAAGAGUUCCAGGAGAACCUACGCGUGGGCCUGGAGCGGAAGAAGCUCGAAAUAGAUGCCAAGUAUCUGGUGCUGCUUGGAUUCACCGCCUCCAAGGAUGGCUCGCCACAGCAGCAGCAAAAGGAGCUGCAGCAGAAUCAUCAGCAGCUGCCGCAGACGGACCUCCCAGCUCCUGCUACCAAGGCGGAACUGGAGCUCAGCGAUCUGCGUCGCCAGCAUGCACAAGAAGCGGGCGCCAACGCGCAACAGACCGACGACCAAGAGAGGGAGAAGGAGAUGGGGCAGCACAGGAGGAUCACAACACCAUACAAUGGCACCAAGAGCAACUUCACCAUUGUCACGUACGUGCAGGAGGGGCAGGCGCCAUCGGCCAUACUGCUGGCCCAGAACAUCGCCGUCAAGCUGCCCGGCGAGCAUCUGCUCAUCUACGACCUGGGCGUGUCGGAGGAGCAACUGAAAGCCCUCAACGCCUACUGCAACAUCAGCCGUUGCGCCGUCAUCACUUAUGACCUAUCCGAGUUCCCCUCGUUCGUCGCCGACCAGCGGACGCACGCCUACCGGCCCAUUGUGAUAAAAGACGCCCUGCUGCGGGCCCGGUCGGUGCUGUUCGUGGAGAACUACAUGCGGAUGCGCGGUGGCUACCACGAGCUGCAGGAGCUGCAGAGCCGCGGCAUGGUGGCCGGUGUCCUUGGCUGGAACACGGCCACGGCGGUGUCCUCGCUCACCCAUCCCAAGAUGUUCGACUUCUUCGAGUCGGAUGCCGAGGACUUCAUAUUCCUCCGGAUGGUCGAUCUCGAUGUGGUCUUCUUCGUGGACAAUCUGUUUGUCACCGAGAAGAUCAUGCUGCCGUGGCUUAAGUGCUGCCUCACCCAGGAGUGCAUCGAUCCAAUUGGUGCCCAAUCGAACGGCUGCAAGUUCAACAAGAAGCCCCUGUAUCGAUACUCCGGCUGCCACGGCUAUGAUGCAUCCGCCUUCAACAUUGUGCUGGGUCUGACUUGGCGCUGGGACUACUCGAAGUACUCCCUGCCCAGCGACGAUGCCAAGAACAUGUUCUACAAGGAGACCCUGGAGCAGGCAACACGCAUUCUGGAGAGUCGACGUCGCAACAGCAGCGAGACAUCCGAUCAUCCGUUCACGGAGGACUGAGUAGGAUGAGCAGGCAGGAGUAGGAUCAGCAUUUGAUAUAACAUUUUAUACGAGCAUCCGCAGACAGACACGCAGACACUCAGGAGACUCAGGAGCCGGUAGAUCAAAGCAAGCUUGAUGGCAAUUUGCAAAACCUUAAACCGAAUAAAAGUCUUUAAUCUAGUUUAGCUAGCACGCAUACUAUACCCAUCUUGUCGAUGAUGGGAUCGUGAUCCCUGGGAAACCCCUACACUUGAGAUGCUGGAUACCAUGAUCAGGACCUGAUCAAAGCAGCAGACUCACUCGUGCAGCUUAUCGAUACAACCAACCCCUUUAGUCAAGCCCUAGUUACUUACUAUUUAACUUACUGUUUAACUUACUCGUUUUUCGCUUCGAGGAUCGUUGAACUCCCCUGUUUAGAUAUUUUCUACCACGUAAAUACCCUGUAAAUACAUAAGUAUAUCAAAUGGCAUACAUUUUGUGAUUGUAUUUUAUAGUUACACCCAUACCAAUAACCAUAACUAUACACAUACACGUACACGUACACACAGAUAUACAGUAUAAUUAAAUAAUAAACUUAUUGUAACUACCGUAGGACAAAACGAGCCAAAAAAUUAAGUUUAUAAAAUAUUGAAUUACCAAUAA